AUGCUCACACGCGGCUACAAAAUCGACACGGCCCUGUUAGAAACUUUGGCUAAAUGUCCGCUCCUUGCCCACGCAAGCGCCGCCACACCCGCUCCUCAAAACACCACAGUGGCGACAGACGUCAAAUGUGAACGUUUUCACCGAGGUGAGACUCAUUCGGAGGUUCACACGGCUGCUCAGUCGGCGGGGCAGUUCCCUGCUGUGUUCUCACACCACUGGGACUGCACCACUGAAUGCACAGAAGACAACCGCAUCGACUGCCGCACUGCAUACAAGCCUGGCGCUGACAUGCUAUCACACCAAGUCCGUGACAUCCCUGACCUGCACUGGUCCUCAAACAAAGGCUACGGUAUCUUUGGCUCUGGAACUAAACUGUAUGUAACAGCUGAGCCGGUAGUGAAGCCCGUGGUGAGCGUGUACCCAGCAGCAUCCAGAGCCCACCAUGAGGGGAAGAGCUCCCUGCUGUGUGUGGCCUCAAACAUGUUUCCUCCUGUGGUCCGCUUCUCCUGGAAAAGACGAAAGGUGAACGAGUCUCUGGAGGAGCAGGCACCUGCUGAGGAGGAGCAGGCACCUGCUGAGGAGGUGCAGCUGGAGCUCAGAGAGUCGGGACGCACCGCCGCCAUCAGAGUGAUUGAUCGGGACGCUCUCUCCACGUAUAAAUACCGCUGCUACGUCCAGCACGAGGGGGGGGAAGUGAAGGCCCAAACAGAACAAGAGGUUCCGGAGCCAGCAGACCUGGCAGCUCUGCAGCAAGCUGACUUGUCCUUCCAGUCUCAGUGCAGGGUGAAGCUGCUCUGGCUGCUGUACACAGUGCUGAUAGUGAAGAGUCUGGUGUACUGCUGUGGACUCCCUCUGCUGUGAAUCCUCAGAAACAAGGGACCGUCCACCGGCUGCACACAUGCAGACUGACUGUUUUCUGCUCGCCUUUUCUCACCAUCAGAUCUCAUCAAUUUAACUCAUUGGUCACUUUCUGCAGAAAUUACAAAUGUAAGUUAUGAUGUGCACAGGUUAGAUGUAGUAA